UCAGAUUCUUUGUAUUCAGUUUGUGUUUCUGACACUCAUCAGUUGUACCGCUAACAUCUGGAAGAAACUAUCACGUUUUAUCAAAAUGAUCCUGUUGUAACGCGGUACUGAUCACAAACUGCUUCCGUAGAGUCACAACCAUCACAGCUGUGAAGCUUUCUGCCCUCAGCAUCCUCCAUCCUCCAGGCAGCAGCAGGAAACACUUUGGCUUCAGUUCCUGCAUACAGAUGAAGACCUUUUGGUUCACAGAAACAGAAACAGUGACGCUCGUCUCCAUCUGAACAGCUUUGAUCACCUGCAGAUGGAUUUACCUGAAACAUCUGCGUGAAAGAAGCAGCUUGUUGAAGGUGAGCAGGGAUGAAAGGGAGAUGAAGGUGGAGGAGAUGGCAGACAUGUUGAAGUGAAAGAGAAAACUCAGAGGAAGGAAAACAUUUGGCAGAAACGAUGACGACUAAAGAGCUGCUGGUAGAAACCCUGGAUCAGCUGAGUGCAGGAGACUUCUGGGACUUCAAGCUGUUCAUGGUGGCAGAGAAGUUUUUACCGCCCGACUCACGGAGGGAGCUGGAGGCGGCAAACACUGAGGCUGUGGCGGAGCUGAUGAUGAGGAUGUGCAGAGGAAGGUGUGUGGAGGAGACCAGGAAGAUUUUACUGAAGAUGAGGCGUCAGGACCUGCUGCACAGACUGGCAGGGGUCAGAGAGAAUCCAUCUUUAAUCCAGAGAGCGGGAGUGAUGGCGUCGGAUUUGGAGCUGCUGAUGGAAACGCUGUCGGCUCUGAGCGGCGGCGGCUUGAGGGAGUUCUGGGAGCGGUACCUGCUGCUAGAACCUUCUGCCCUGGCGCCGCCGAGGACCGACCCGGAGAUCGCAGCGAUCUCAUUGGUUCAGAGUCACGGCAAACAGUCUGUGGACGUCACCAGGAGGAUUUUAGUGGACAUCAACCAGAACCAUCUGGUCCAGAGUCUGCUGGACUGCAGGCCCAGAAACAGAAAACCGCCUGAUGACCGUCGGUCGGCGCUGAUCCACAAAGCAGCAACGAUGGCAGCUGUGAAAGAGAUUCUGUUGGAAACUCUGAUGGAUUUGAAUCAUUUAGAUCUGGGAAAUUUCAAGAUAUUCCUGAACUUUGAGUCCUUCCAGAACAAGUUUCCACAAAUCUCAUGGAGCGAUCUGAAAAAGUCAAACUGUAAAAAUAUGGUGGAUCUGCUGAUGGGCUCAUAUGGCCGGCAGUGUCUGGAGGUGACCAGGCAGGUUCUGAUGGACAUGAACAGAACCGACCUGUUGGAGAAGCUGCCAGAGAAAAGCUGUGGAGCCGAAGAGAAACUUUCUGUGGAGGAACUUUGGCCCGGACUGAUCGACAAAGUUGAAGCCAUGGAGUCGGUCAUCGAGCUGCUGCUGGAAACUGUGGGUGAUCUCAGUGAAGAGGAGCAGAUGUUCUUCAUCACGCUGUUGGGUCAGAGUCAGCGUGACGUUGCAGACAGACUGCUGGCCGUCAAGGAGCUGCUGCCAGCUGUGCUUGUGAUGGUGCAGAUGUUCGGCCAGCGGUCUGUGCAGAUGACCAGGCAGGUUUUAAAACGGAUGAGGAGGACAGAUCUGCUUCCAGACAUUUCAGCAUCCAGAAGACCACAAGCAAAGAAACUCCCAGCGGACCAGAGAAGCUCUGCUGCUCUACAGAAAGUGGCUCUGAUUGCAGCUUUCAAGCAGCUUCUCACAGAAAUCCUGAGUGAUUUGAAGAAACAGGAGCUGGAGGACUUCAAGAAGUCGCUGCGCUCCACCCUCAGCCUCUCUGGGAAAAACCUCUGGUAUCCUUCGAUGAGGCUGAGAUUUGGACCGUUUGUCCCAAACGUUGCGAAUGAGAUGGUGGAGGAGUUGGGCCUGCAGUCUGUGGAGGUUUCCAUGGAGAUUUUAAUGGACAUAAACAGGAGCGACCUGGCAGAGCGGCUCCUGGAGACCAGCUCCGGUCUUAAAGGUAAUUCAGACAAAUCUGGAUCCUGCAGUCUGAACGGCCUCAGGUCUUCUUAGGAUGAGAGAACAUCUGUCCUGAUGUUUUAAUCUGGAAACACUCAGGCAGAGAGGAGUUCACCUCAAACCCAAACACCCAAACACAACAUGCAGGAAUGGAACUGGACUUUUAGAGAAACUGACCGACUCAGCAGAACCAAACGCAGCAGUUCGUCUGGACCUCUGUGGCAAACUGAAGACAACAAGAUUAACAUUUUGGACAGGCAGAGUGAGAGCCAUCUUUGUGACACUGGACUGGAGCAGAGGAAGUGGCUUCAUCGUUCUUACACCGACACUCAUCACCCAGCUGGCAGAAACUCCAGCUGGAGACGUUGGUCCUAACAGCCCAUGCUGUCGUUGUUGGGGACUUUUAGGAUCGUCGGCGUCAACGACACUCACAGGGAACUGAAGUGGGUAGAAAAUGGCCUCCUUAGUGACCUCUACCGGUGUGAUAGUUUCUGAUUACAACUUAAAAGCCUGAUGCUUUCAACUCCUGACCUGAAGAAGUCUCUGGGACGAGACUCCAGUUUCCUCCAACUAAAACUCCAACAACUCCUGGAAGAUCCUGAGCUGGAUCUCCACCUUCACCAGACUUUCAUCUUGUUUGAGUUCAUCUGGUUUGUCCGACACGUUUCUCAGUUUCUCCUCUUCGUUGUGCUCAGCCAUCCCAUUUCAUUGGUCUCCAACGGUUACCUCUGGUUUCCUGUUCAGCUGAACUGCUGUCUGAUGCAAAGAAGCCCAGAGAGGAAGAGCUGCAGGUCAGACAAACCGUCCCACAUCGGCACGUCCGUCCCCCUCCGUCCCUUCUUCACCACAUAAGUCACCCAACCUUGAUAGGAUGUCCUCAUGGUGGGACGUCAUGGUGGGACGUCAUGGUGGGACGUCCUGCUCCUCUUAAAGCAACAGGAACCAAGGCUUGACCACCAGGCUGGAAAGCUUUUCCUCAGGUCUCCAGGGUCUCCAGGUUUCUCUUUUCUGAGCAAAUAAAAUGAUUUUCUGUGCUCUUCAAACAUAAAAGUUUUGAUUAGUUCUUAAUGUGGCAAUUCUCUAAAAAUGAAAGAAAUGUCUAAAACAAUUCCUGCAACAAUAUUUUUAAUGAAGUCUCAGCAUCAGCCUCCAAUGUUUUAUUGCUGGAAAUGUUUCAUGGUUUUCUUGUUGUUCUUCAUUUCAAAUGAAUUCAAGGUCUUACAGAACAUUAUGUUUUACAUUUCUUCAGGAAAGGUGUCCAUAGAUGAAUAUCAGAGAGUGACCAUGCUAAACACAGUUCCAGGAAAGAUGGCCGUGAGAAGCACUCUUCUGAAGAUGAUGAUGGAGUUGGGCCACAGCGAUGUCUGGAGGUUCAAACGCUU